UGCCCCGGUGUAGCCGCUCUCUCCGCCCGUCUCGCUGGUUGGGGCACAUGCUCUGUGCCCGGGGCCGGUGCCGUUUCCUCUCGGUCUCCUCAGCAGAACGGGACCUCCCGGUACCCCCCGCACCCCCAGCAUGGCCCCCCCGACAGGGAAUGUCGUGGACAGCCAAGCCCCCCGGCUCCUGGAGAACCAACUGCGCUGGGACCUGAGCGCCGAGCAGAUCGAGGCCAUGGCAGCCGAGCUGACCGAGAGGACCAAGCUGGUGUACGACCGGGUGGGGUCCCAGGAGCAGGGGGAGGUGUCCUACGAGAACACCCUCAAGGCUCUGGCAGACGUGGAAGUGGAGUACACGGUCCACCGGAACAUGCUGGAUUUCCCCCAGCACGUCUCUCCCUGCAAGGACAUCCGGGCAGCCAGCACUGAGGCUGACAAGAAGCUCUCAGAGUUUGAUGUGGAGAUGAGCAUGAGGCAGGAUGUGUACCAGAGGAUUGUCUGGCUCCAGGAGAAAGCAGAGAGUGCUUCUCUGAAGCCUGAAGCAAAGAGAUACCUGGAGAGGCUGAUCAAACUGGGCAAAAGAAAUGGCCUCCACCUCCCCGAGGAGACACAGGAGAAAAUCAAAGCUAUUAAGAAAAAGCUGAGUGUCCUCUGCAUCGACUUCAACAAGAACCUCAACGAAGACACCACUUACUUGCCCUUCUCAAAAGAGGAACUUGGGGGGCUCCCUGAGGACUUCCUGAACUCCCUGGAGAAGACAGAGGAUGGCAAGCUGAAAGUCACCUUGAAAUACCCACACUAUUUCCCUCUCCUGAAGAAGUGCUACGUCCCUGAGACGAGGAGGAAGGUGGAGGAAAUGUUCAACUCCAGGUGCAAAGAGGAGAAUUGCCUGAUCCUCAAGGAGCUGGUGGAUUUACGUGCUCAGAAAGCCAACCUCCUGGGCUUCAGCACCCACGCUGACUUUGUCCUGGAGAUGAACAUGGCCAAGAGCAGCCAGACCGUGGCCACCUUCCUGGAUGAGUUGGCCCAGAAGUUGAAACCCCUGGGGGAGAAGGAAAGAGCUGUGAUCCUGGACCUGAAGAAGAAGGAAUGUGAGAAGCGUGGCCUGGAGUUCGACGACCGCAUCAACGCCUGGGACAUGCGCUACUACAUGAACCAGGUGGAGGAGACCAAGUACAGCGUGGACCAGAACCUCCUGAAGGAGUAUUUCCCCAUGCAGGUGGUCACCACGGGCCUCCUGGCCAUCUACCAGGAGCUGCUGGGCCUCACCUUCCACCUGGAGGAGAAGGCUCAGGUGUGGCACGAGGACGUGCAGCUCUACACGGUGAGGGACGCCUCAUCUGGGGAGACCAUUGGGAAGUUCUACCUGGAUCUGUAUCCAAGGGAGGGGAAGUAUGGCCAUGCAGCCUGCUUUGGCCUCCAGCCUGGCUGCCUCCUGCCCGACUCCAGCCGCCAGAUCUCGGUGGCAGCCAUGGUUGCCAACUUCACCAAACCCACCCCAGAUGCCCCUUCCCUGCUGCAGCACGACGAGGUGGAGACUUAUUUCCAUGAGUUUGGGCACGUCAUGCACCAGCUCUGCUCUCGGGCGGAGUUUGCCAUGUUCAGUGGGACACACGUGGAGAGGGACUUCGUGGAGGCACCAUCCCAGAUGUUGGAGAACUGGGUGUGGGAAAAGGAGCCCCUGCUCAGGAUGUCCAGGCACUACAAAACUGGCAGCCCCAUCCCUGAUGAGCUGCUGGAGAAGCUCAUCAAAUCCCGGCAGGCAAACACGGGGCUCUUCAACCUGCGCCAGAUCGUCCUGGCCAAGGUGGACCAAGCACUGCACACCCAGCCCAAGGCUGACCCCGUGGAAGUGUUUGCCCAGCUCUGUGAGGAGGUGCUGGGGGUCCCUGCCACCCCAGGUACAAACAUGCCUGCUACCUUUGGCCACUUGGCUGGUGGCUACGAUGCCCAGUACUAUGGCUACCUCUGGAGUGAGGUGUACUCCAUGGACAUGUUCCACACACGCUUCAAGCAGGAGGGAAUCAUGAACUGCAAGGUGGGGAUGGAUUACAGGAACUGCAUCCUGCAUCCUGGGGGUUCCCUGGAUGCUUCUGACAUGUUGAGGAAGUUCCUGGGCCGUGAUCCCAAGCAGGAUGCCUUCCUGGCCAGCAAGGGACUGAAGGUGGAGAGCAACUCACUGCCUUCUGCCUGCUGAGAAGCUGCUCCAGCCCCUUCCAGUCCCCCCAGCUCCGUGUUCCACACACCCCUUCCCCUCAGGCCACGCAGUUCCUGCUGUUUCUGUCUCCAAACUCCUCCUGGGCCAGCCCUGCCUGGAGCAAUUCCUCCAGGAUCCUGCUCCCAGCUCACCCUGGGCUUCAGGAGCUCAGCCCUGGCCCCAGGGCUCUCUGGUGUCAGCCCUGCACCAGGAGCUGAAUUGCCUUUGUCACCUCCCUGAGGGGACAGGCCUGGCACAGCCCAGGUGAAUUGGCUGAACUUUGAGCCUGGUGUCUGCACAAGGGUGAGGUUCAGCCUUGUUCCCAGCUGGGAAGAGGGUGAGAGGAUUGAAUCAUGGUUUUAAAAAUCCCUUCUUUUUAAGAAAUGGGAUGUCCCUCCGGGCUGGGCUGGUUUGGGGACACAGAAGUGUCCUGAGAAGCUGCAGUGGCUCCUGCUCUCCUUGUCUGUGGGCUGUGGAAUAAAGAUGGGGAGAUCCCAGAGUGUAAAACCCCAGAACAUCUUUGCUCUCAGCCCUUCCUGGGGUGACCAGGACAGCUCUUCCCAGCACAGGGGCAGCGUGGCCGUGUCCCUGCGUGUUGUCCCCUUCCCUGGGGACAUCUCAGGGGCAGCUGCUGCCCUCUGGACUGGAGUGGUGGCAGUGGUGGGGGUGUUGCUAUUGCUGUCACUGCUAAGCCAGGGUGGGACAGGGGAGGGCUGUGGAAAAACAAAAAAUAAACAAACCAAAAAAACCCACCCCACCCUCAAGCAGCUUCAAAGAGCAGGGACAAAAAUACCCAGGAGGCUGUGGUGACAGCCCCGGGUGUGGCACUGUGCCUGGGGACAGCAGCCAGCCCUGCACCCCCAGCCCAUCUCCACAGCUGUUCCCUUGUCCCCAAGAACCCUAAAAGUGGUGCUGGGGGGGUGGGGGUGCAUGGCAGGGAUGGUCCCUGGGUGGGUGCUGAUCCCAGGGCGUGAUCCUGCAGGGAUGGGGCUGGGAAGAGCUCGGAGCAGGCAGGGAGAGGCCUUGCAGAGGAGCCAGCAGCUCUCCCCAGCCCCAGCUGGGUGCUGGGCUCCAGCAGUUCCGGGUUCCUGGGGUCCCUUUUUUGGCCCCCAUGAGGCUGAGGUUCUGCUCCCUGCAGCUCUUCCCCUCUGGUUUCAGCACACACAGAGGAUCCUGGUGCUCCCUCCCACCCCCUUCCCUGGCCAGGGCCUCCUGGGGGAGCUGCCAUCCCUCCCCAGGGUCCCCUUGCUGCAGCCCCCUCCCCACUGGGCUCUUCCCUUCCCCUCUGGGCUGUGGCUCUGCAUCCUCAGCCCCGUGGGAGGACACUCAUCCCACCUGCAGACAAGGUCCCUCUGUCACCUCCCUCCUCCAGACCCCCCCUGGUGCCAUGGGCAGGCUGGUGACACCCCCCUGCCUGGUCCCCUCUUGCACUGUGACACGAGGAUGGGGCUGGAAGCAGCCGGGUGGCUCCUUGGGACUUGCUGAGGCCACCUCGAGCCUCUUGUCCCCCCCCAGCUGUGUUUUGGGUGGAUGUCCCCACACUGUGGGUGUUUUACAGUUUUACUGAACUUUCAGGGUUUUCUUUCACACCUCUCGAGGGAGAGAGCUGAAGAGGGGACUGCUCACUGUCCCCAUGGAACUGUCCCCUGUCCCCCCUUCCCUGUGCCCCACCAGGCCCCUCCUCAUCCCAUCCCAGGCUGGGUUGGAAAGGUUGGGUUUAGGGUUUGGGGUUUUUUCCCCAGGUUUGGGUUUUAUUUUUCCUGUUAACCUUUUUUAAGGGCAAACCAGGGUGUGAGUGUGAGUGGGUGUGAGUGUGAGUGGGUGUGAGUGUGCCACUCACCAUGGUCCCAUCCCACCCUGCUUGUUUCAAGGACUGGAUCUCUAGGCAGUUCCCACCAAUAAAGGUUUUUCCAAAGCCAA